AUGCAAAUUACCGAAACUCUCCUCGCUGCACGCAGCAACAUCGCCGCUCGCUCCCCCAUGGACAGUGAGCCCCAGAACGAGAACACUAUGACGCUUAUGAUUGUGCUCGUUGCCCUCUUCUUCAUGGGUAUUCUCAUGGCUGCUGUGCUCCUGCUCCUCCGCCGCAUCAAGCUCCAACAACAGAUGCGUGCCGAGGGCCUGCCGCAGUACCACCAGGUUGCCGGGAAGCGCGACCCGAACCACCGCCGCCUUACCAUCCAGACAACUCCUGUUGGCGAUGGUCGACACAGCGUUCUCGUCUUCCGUGACGGCCAGCCUAUGCUGGCUAACCCCCAGUCACCACCCCACUCGCCUGACAACGUCCCCCAGAUUCACAUCACCUUCCCUGACGAGCAUGACGAGUCCGGUAGGCCCAGGAGUGGCCGCGUUAUGCUUGUACGUGUCGGGGAGAACGCUGUCGGCAUGGAGCCCCUGCAGGACGAGGAGCAGCUUCCUGCUUACCAGAAGGAGAACCCAUCACAAUUUUACUCGAUUGACAUUGAAAAGAUCGGAGGGUUGAAGGAGAAGGACCAAAACUUCCGCUAA